AUGUUCGCAAGCGUUGUUACCGAGGAAGCUCGUGAGCGCGAAACCUAUAGAUAUGAUCCAUCAUUGAUCAACCAAGUGUUUCCCGAUGCGGACGAUGCUCCCGUGUUCCCUCCCAGGUUGACGACGGACCCCGUCCUAUCCGCGUUUGCUGAACUGGGCGUCUUGCGUUUAAAAGGCUCCCGAGCCAUCAUCUCGCUUUUUGAUAGGGAUUAUCAAUACAUUGUUGCCGAAGCUACGCCGACUACGCACUUGUCUCCUGCGGCCAAUGCCUCGCAGCAGCAGCAAUCGGACCGACCCGGUGCACAAUUGCUGCUCUGGAAUAGGUCCUUACCCAGGAGCUUGAGCAUCUGCGAAGAGGUCUUGUCAUCGUCCAAGGCGGACACUGCAUUCGCUGAGCGGCAAAGCCACGAGCGGGACGCUCCGUACGAGCUGCCCCUGACGGUGUUUAGCGAUCUAGCAAACCCCCAUAUAGCACCUAGGAGGCCACCCGGCGCGUCCUGGCCCCAGUAUGGGUUUUACGCCGGCGUGCCGCUUCGGACCCCCCGGGGGAUAGACAUUGGUGUCUUCUGCUUAUUCGACACCAAGCCCCGGUUGGAAAAGGACGGAAGUUUUCGGUCGAUGAUGCAAGAUCUUUCGCGAACCAUCAUGGGUUAUCUCGAAACGCGGCGCUUCAGGGACAGCCAGCGGAGAGCUGACAGGAUGGUGCGUGGAGUGGGAAGCUUCAUUCAAGGCAUUUCGACUACUUCAGGCUGGGAAGCUGCCCCCUACACCAAAGACGCCUUGAUUUGGGAAGAUGACACCCACGUCCAGGCAGCACCGGACAAGAGGAAGGGGAUAGAAACCGGUUCCGGAAACAAAUCGCAUACAGCCGGCCACUCUCAACCCGCGAGUGCAACGAAAGAUAAUAGCGUCUACGUCAAGGACGACCCAGUCGAGUCCGCCAAACACAUGUUUUCCAAGGCUGCCAAAAUAAUUCACAAGUCGAUCGAGGCUGACGGAGUAUUGUUCCUGGACGCCGACAUCUCAUCCUUCGGCGGCCGUGCGACGGUUGGCGGCAUCUCGGGUAAUUCCACCACGGCCAAGCGUCGUUUGUCAACCACCACAUGCACCGUCUACGGCCCCGGAGACUCCAAGGGCGGACCUUGCUGCAAACCACUGGGGUUUUCCCCCUCCUCAACCUCGAGCAAUACCGAGCAUGCCGAUGAACGGGCCUACAGUCAACUUCCGGAACAGGUUCUGAGGGAAUUUCUGACACGAUUUCCAAGAGGGGCAAUUCUAACUCUCAAGCAUGCUCACGAUGCAAAGCCGACGGCCGAGACGCUGCGUCUCGAGGAGCUGCCACCAGCAAAGCUUCGAACAAGUCGAAAUAAUCUUGAAUCGGCCCUCGUGAACCCGCCCGCUUCUGCUCAGGAGAGCACGUCGAUGAAAUCCGACUUGGAGGCUUUCCUGAAAGCCUUGCUGCCAGGGGCUCGGAACGUCGCCUUCUUCCCACUCUGGGACUCCCGGAAACGACGGUGGUAUGCUGGAGGGUUUGCCUACACCAAGAGGAGCUCGCGGUUGCUGUCAGUCGAGGGCGAGCUGAGCUAUCUGCUGGCCUUUGGCACCGUCAUCAUGGCCGAGGUAUUUCGAGCAGACGCCAAGAUGGUGGAACGGUCCAAGAUGGAUGUGCUGAGCUCCAUCUCGCACGAACUUCGGUCCCCCCUGCACGGCAUCAUCCUCGGAGCGGAGCUUCUCCAUGACACGGCCCUGGACGCGUUCCAGGGAGACCUUUUGCAUUCCAUGGAGACGUGCAGCCGCACCUUGCUGGACACUGUCGACCAUCUGCUGGACUGGAGUGGAGUCAAUAACUUUCUCUCUGGGGCACCUGUGCCGCAGAACAAUGGUGAUGUGGAAGAGCGAGGGCUGAGAACCGAGAAGGCGGCGACGAUCGAAUCUGGCAUGAUGAACAUUGUCACUCGCGUCGACGUCGACUUGGUUGUGGAGGAGGUGGUCGAGAGUGUCUAUGCAGGUAGAAUUUUCCAACUGAAAACGCUAUGUCCGGGGCAACACGGCAACCGGCGCGGAAUGGACAACGCACAAAGUACUGACUCUGUCGAAGGUAUUGUGCCUCACAAAGAAGCAGACAUUGCAACGAUUUGCGUCGACAUCCAGCCCAAUGCGUCGUGGGCCUUUUACACCCAGCCCGGGGCCUUGCGGCGCAUCGUCAUGAACCUUGUCGGCAACUCGCUCAAGUUCACCUCGAAGGGAUUUGUCAAGGUGUCGCUGGACCAGCCCGCGAUGCCGGAAGCCGACAAGAGCGAGUGCGGCACCCUUGUGCGCUUGACGGUGACUGAUUCCGGCUGCGGCAUCGGCAAGUCCUACCUGGAGAAUGACGUCUUCACCCCUUUUACCCAGGAAGACGAGCUGAAGCCGGGAAUGGGCUUGGGGCUGAGCUUUGUGGAGAGGAUCGUGACGGCGCUGAAGGGCUCCAUAUCGAUCAACAGCAUCGUUGACACGGGAACCAUGGUCUCGGUGACGCUGCCGCUGCCGGCCGCUGUCCCGGGCUCGGCAACGCUGAAGCCGUCCUUGCCGGCCAACGAUUUCGAAGCCGAGAGGAACAACCUCCGAGGCCUCCGCGUGCUGCUGCUCGGGUUCCCUGACACGCCGUGCGUCGAUGACGAGGAGGGCGUGUUUGGCACCAACGUGGUGGAGCGGGAUGGCAUCGCCAACAUUUGCCAGAACUGGCUGCAGAUGCAGGUUGUGGACCCGCUGGAAAGCACCUGCUUGGUCCCGGACCUGCUGCUAUGCAACGAGACGUAUCUGCAGCUGGGCAGGCAUCAGCAAACGCAGCAGAAUGCCGCCUCGCCACCGGCCGUGGUCAUUUGCAGCAACGCGGUGUCCGCCCGCCGGCUUGCCGAGAACGGCGCGUACAAGCGGCGGCCCAACGAGCAACUGUGGGAAUUCAGCGCCCAGCCCGUUGGACCCCGUAAGCUGGCCAAAGUGCUGGCGCUCACUUUUAAGCGAUGGACGGCUUACCAGGCGACUCUGCAUCCCAUCGUGUCCCCUGUGCAAACGCCCGAGGACGAGGACGGGCCGCGGGCAGGACCAUCCAUCAACGACGCCGUCAGCGUCGGCCGCGGCGACGCAUCCCUCUCCGCCACAAUGGCGUCCCACGCCAGCCUCACGGAACUCACCCUGCCCGAACGCAUCCGGCGCUCGACCCCGCUGCACGCCGCUAGCCGCCUCCCGGACCAACCCUGCGCGGGCGACUGCCCAGCAGGCCAGAUGGGCAUCAGCUUCCUGCUGGUGGACGACAAUCCCAUCAACCUCAAGAUCCUGACGACGUACAUGAAGAAGCUGAAGCUGCCCCACCGGACAGCCACCAACGGCCAAGAGGCCGUCGACGUCUUCCGCCAGGGCGAAGGGGCCUACCGCUGCGUCUUCAUGGACAUUUCCAUGCCCGUCAUGGACGGCUUCGAGGCCACCCGGCACAUCCGGGCCAUGGAGACGGAGGGCAACCUGCACCGGUGCACGAUCUUCGCCCUGACGGGGCUGGCGUCGGCCGAGGCGCAGCAGGAGGCGUUUACCAGCGGCAUCGACCUGUUUCUCACGAAGCCGGUCAAGUUGGCCGAGCUGAGCCAGAUCCUGUCGGCUAGGAACCUGACCAACUGA